AUGGAUGGCUCAAAAUCAACUGCGAUCAAGAACAGGGUGGUGACGAAGAAAAACCCGUGUGCUGGAAAUGUCGCAUUGGAGGCAGGAAGUGCGUGCGACCAGGCGACGCGGAAGCCCAACGCCCUCGCCCGCAACGGAGAAGAGCCACAACAUCCCAGAACGUGUUCAAUCCUUCCGACUACUUCCGGUUCUCGAGGGAUAUCGAUUCGGUCACUUACUACAUCUACUCCAUCGCCGAUCCCUCAGUCUUCCCUCCCCGGAGCAACUGUGACCACGGCUGACUCAGAUACGGCACCAUCCACCGCUAGUGGGGCCUUUGAAGUUCAGACUUUACAGGGCAUUCAGCUUCAUCUGAACCAUACCGACAUCCGAGCGGAUUCGCCCGACGGUUGUGGCUCCGUAGCCCAGUUUACCGUGUCUGCUGAGGAGGAAUUCUUGAUCCAGCACUACGCGUGUCACCUUGCGAAAUGGGUGCGAUACUCGGACGCGGAUCGACAUUUCAGUAUUACGGUGCCCCAUCUAGCACGUUGCUCCCCGAUCCUAUCCAAGGCUGUCUCGGCUUUCGCAGCGCGCCAUCUCAGCUGCAUAGGAAGUUAUGAUUCCUCCACCGCAGACGAUUACCACAAACGGUGCAUUGAGCUGCUGAUUCCCGCGCUGAACGAACCGAAUGUUACCGCCGACGAUACGUUGCUGGCUGCGUUGGUCCUUCUGAGACUGUAUGAGCACCUUAAUAUUUCGGACAACGGCAAAGACUACGAACAUCAUCUCAGUGGAGUAUCGGCCCUGGUCACCUCCACGAUCCGCAAUCCGUGGACUGCCUCCGGCUCCGGUCUCAAGUGGGCUUCCUUCUGGUGCUGCUUUCGACAAUCCGUCUAUCCGGCGUGCCUGCACCGACAACCACUGCAGUUCGACAUCUCUAGCUACAAAAUCGAAGUGAACUUGUCGACACCUACGCCGGGAGUGAUGGCGACGGUCGAAGAAGAGUCGGAAUGGUGCCACUGGAUAACGUGGAUAUUAGCACAAGUUGUGGAUUUCUGCUUCGGCACGACGUCGCGCGGUAUGACGAUGCUAAAGGAAGGGCAAGCCUGGAAUUUGUUACUCCAGACAGUGGAGACGUGGGAAGUCAAUAAACCCAAGAGCUUCCUUCCCGUGGCGUACAACGAAAGGAACCCGAACCAAGGGAGAUGGUUCCCAGAGAUUACGUUUGGAAGCGAAUGGCAUGCUAUGGCUACCACGCAGUCCUUGGCCGCGAGGAUCCUGUUAGACGUGUAUAAUCCCCAAACGCGCAGAAUCUCCAUCGGAGAGUUUGGUUUUAUGAGAGCUCGAGAAAAGCUAGAGGCUAAAGUCGCCGUUUCGCAGAGUAAAGUUCUAUUGCAUGGAAGGACCCUUUGCGGAAUCUGUCUUACAAAUCCAGCCAAUAUUGCGACCAUCUUCACCCUCUGUCAUACUAUCUUUGCUUUCUCCUCCUUUAUCAGUGUUGACGAAGAGAGGAAGCUGCUAGUCCAGAUUCUGAGAAUCGCGGAGAGAGACGAGGGUUGGCCGACGACAUGGAUCGUAAAUGCGCUGAAAGCCGAUUGGAAUGUUGACUGGGCGGAUGAAUGA